AUGGUGUCGGCUUUCAUUCCAGUGGCGUUUGUGGUGCUGCUAUCUAGUGUGGUAUUAAUGCUGGGCGACCAAGUGGCCCUUCCUCCUCUUAAUGUACUGAAGCGUCAAUGGGUGGUCAAUAGCGGCUACGAUCUAUUGGAUUUAUCGUCCCCUGUGCUCUACGGAAAGUCGCUUGAGGCGAUGGCAUUUCUCUCCCGUCUCCCCGUCUUUGGCCGUAUCUUGUGCAGUCAAUUGGCUAAAGAGAAUAAGAUUUUGGAGGUUCGAAAGUUUGCAGCGUCGAUUCCUGAUCUACCGCUGUAUUAUCCCUAUCUGAUCCCUAAGAAGAGUGAUAAAAGGCAAUUACUGGAAGGUGAAGAGCCGUUGUCACUGGAGGAAUUUACUAGAAAAGGUGUACGAGACAAGAACGCAGACGCCACGUUCAAGCACUGGAGCAUCGGGGACUACACGUCACGUUAUGUGUCUAAUGAGGUGACGCCUUUGCAGGUAGCAAAAGCUCUAUUGGCUGCAGUGGAGAACAAUCAGCAGAGUGAGUUUUCGUUGAAUUUGUUUGUGGAGAAACACGACGAGGAAAUUCUGGCGCAAGCGAAAGCAUCGACUGAGCGCUAUGCGCGUGGAGAGCCACUGGGUGUGCUUGAUGGAGUACCUGUGGCUAUUAAGGACGUAAUGCACGUCAAGGGCCAUCGAAUGUUUUUAGGCACGUCUUUCUUAGGAUAUGAAGAAGAACCUGCGACGGAGGAUGACCUACCGGUGGCGAGACUCCGCGCGGCUGGAGCUAUCAUUCUUGGGACUACCAACAUGCACGAAUUAGGAUCGGGUGUCACUGGUUACAACAUGCACUACGGUACUGUGCGUAACCCAUACAACCCUAAAUGCUAUACUGGUGGAUCAUCCAGUGGUUCUGCUGCAGCGGUAGCUUCAGGUCUAGUGCCGUUGGCGCUUGGCUCGGAUGGAGGCGGCUCCAUUCGUAUCCCUUCUUCAAUGUGUGGCGUCGUCGGUAUCAAACCCACUUUCCAGCGUGUACCUUCCGCGGCAGCGAACUGUCCAUCAGUUGUGCACAUCGGUCCGAUUGCAGGGUCCGUUCGUGAUGCUGCCAUCGGCUACGCUAUCAUGAGUGGUGAAGAUGCGACUUCCUUCCCUCAAGGCAUGACGCAGCCUUCUGUGGACUUGCAUUCUUUCGAGAGCACGGCUUCGCUAAAGGGCAUUCGCAUCGGCUACUUUAGCGAUUACACCAACCACUCAUCGCCAGAGAUCGCUGAGACUGUAGCCAAAACUCUUAAAGCUCUCGAAGCUCGUGGAGCUACCUUAGCGGAGACACCACUGCAUCAUCUAUCACCUAUCCACACUGCACAUAGCAUCACCAUUUCGUCCGAAAUCGCCCAAAGUCUCGACAAGUACUAUGAGCGUUUCGGUGAGUUGUCUCCGGAAGUGCAGGUCAUUCUGAACUACGGUCGAAGCUUUACAGCCAUGGAUUUUCUCGCAGCCCAGCGUGUUCGAGCGUUUGCAUUGCGUCAAUUCCAAGAUAACGUGUUGAGCAAAGUGGACGCAUUCGUGACGCCCUCGACUGGUAUCACCGCUCCUGAGAUCCCGGUGGAGGCGUUUGCAGUUGGUGAACUGAACGCGCAGCAGAUCGGAGACAUUUUCCGUUUUAGUGUCUAUGGUAAUCUCAUUGGCGUGCCAGGUGUGGCUGUUCCGAUCGGUUACGACUCUCGUGGAUUGCCCAUAUCCAUCCAGUUCCAGACGGAUCACUGGCAAGAGGACACCAUGCUGCGUCUUGCUCACGCCACUGAAGAAUUGUACGCCACGACUCAGGAGAAGCCGCAAGUUUACUUCUCCAUCCUCGACGAGGCGGCUAAGCAGCCCGUCAACUAA